CAAACAUUACAUUUUUCAUGCUCUUUUAAAUUUCCUUUUUUGUGUAUUUCAUUCAUCUUUCCUUUAUUUCUUAAAUAAAAAAUCAUUUAUUUAACACGGAAUAAGAAGACCAAACAAGAGUCUGAAAGACCGAUCUACUUUGCUCACAUGCUUAAAAACCACAAUAAAGCUACCAAAAAACAGAGAAACAAAAACGUUCGAACAAUUUUCAGAAAAAAAAUUAUGGGAUUUUGCUUCUCCAAAUCUCAAACUCAUGAGAUCCCAAUCUCUUCUUCUUCCGAUUCUAGUCCUCGUCAUCACUACCAACCUCUCCCUAAGCCAACCGUUUCUCAAGGCCAAACCAGUAGCUCCACCUCCACUCCUCAGCCCAAACCCAAACCCAAACCAGCUCAUCCUCCUUCAUCCUCCUCCGGUUCUCAAAUCGGUCCAAUCCUAAACCGACCAAUGAUCGAUCUCUCAGCUCUCUACGACCUCCACAAAGAACUCGGCCGUGGCCAGUUCGGUAUAACCUACCGGUGCACGGACAAAUCCAACGGCAGAGAAUACGCCUGCAAAUCCAUCUCAAAACGUAAACUCAUACGUCGCAAAGACAUCGAAGACGUUAGACGUGAGGUCAUGAUCUUGCAGCACCUCACUGGUCAGCCUAACAUCGUCGAGUUCAGAGGCGCGUAUGAAGACAAAGAGAAUCUUCAUCUGGUCAUGGAGCUCUGCUCUGGAGGAGAGCUCUUUGAUCGUAUCAUCAAAAAAGGGAGUUACUCUGAGAAAGAAGCUGCUAAUAUCUUCAGACAGAUCGUUAACGUUGUUCACGUUUGUCAUUUCAUGGGAGUUGUUCAUAGAGACUUAAAGCCUGAGAAUUUCUUGCUUGUCAGUCACGAAGAACACUCUCCCAUCAAGGCAACUGAUUUUGGACUCUCUGUUUUCAUCGAAGAAGGGAAAGUGUAUAGAGAUAUAGUUGGGAGCGCAUACUACGUUGCACCUGAAGUUCUACAUCGAAACUAUGGGAAAGAGAUCGAUGUAUGGAGCGCCGGUGUCAUGCUUUACAUUCUUCUCAGUGGUGUUCCUCCAUUUUGGGGAGAGACCGAGAAGACUAUAUUUGAGGCAAUCUUAGAAGGAAAAGUGGAUCUUGAGACUUCUCCUUGGCCUACUAUAUCCGAAAGCGCCAAAGAUUUGAUUAGAAAAAUGUUGACAGUAGAUCCUAAGAAAAGGAUUACCGCGGCUGAAGCACUUGAGCAUCCAUGGAUGACAGACAGCAAAAUAUCAGAUAAACCUAUCGAUAGCGCUGUUCUUAUUAGGAUGAAGCAGUUCCGCGCAAUGAACAAGCUCAAGAAACUUGCCUUGAAGGUGAUAGCUGAAAACUUAUCAGAAGAAGAGAUAAAGGGAUUAAAGCAAAUGUUUAAGAACAUGGAUACAGAUAGUAGUGGAACCAUCACUUUUGAUGAACUAAGAAGCGGGUUACAUCGUCUUGGAUCUAAGCUUACAGAAUCUGAAAUCAAACAACUCAUGGAAGCUGCUGAUGUGGACCAAAGUGGGACGAUUGAUUACAUUGAGUUUAUAACAGCUACAAUGCAUCGCCAUAGAUUGGAGAAAGAAGAGAAUUUGAUAGAAGCAUUCAAAUUCUUCGACAAGGACAGAAGCGGAUAUAUCACAAGGGAUGAGCUAAAACAUUCAAUGACACAAUAUGGUAUGGGUGAUGACGCGACCAUAGAUGAAGUUAUCGAUGAUGUUGAUACCGACAACGAUGGGAGGAUAAACUACGAGGAAUUUGUGGCGAUGAUGAGGAAAGGAACUACAGAUUCAGAUCCGAAGCUGAUCAGAUGAUAAGCUAAUUACUACUAUAUAUAACGGAUGCUUUGCUUCUUCUAUAAAUAAAGCAAAGGCCGUAAAUAAAGUCGAAUGAAUGACAAGUAAUGCAUCCCUAUGUUUUUUUCUUUUCUUUUUUUCUUACAUGUUAUAAAACGAAUUGUUUGUACCUUCGUGAGUAUUUACUCAAAGAAAAGGAAAAAAAAAACCUCAAUUCAUAUAAAAUGGAUUUUUUAUAAUUUGACCAA